CUCCUCAUUGGCUGAGGAGGCCAUGGUUUGCAGACCUCAUGUCAUUGUCAGUGGCUCCGGCCUGGCAGAUUCCCCAGAGGGCAGACUCUCUCAUUCAGGGGGCAGUACUCCACCCGGAUCCUCAGUUGCUCCGGAUGACCGCCUGGAGGUUGAGCGGUGCACUCUGAGUGGGGCCAAUAUUCCCUCUGACGUUAUUCGAACCAUUCAGGCAUCACGAAGGCCGUCUACCGACCACAUUUAUUUGGCCACCUGGUGGGCCUUUUGUAAUUGGUGUGUUCGUCAAGGGGUUUCAGCCUUUUGAGCUUCGAUUGUCCAUGUACUGGUUUUCCUCCAAGACGGGCUCAACAACGGCCUUUCGCCCAAUAUGCUUUGGAGGCAAGUGGCGGCUAUAUCAUCGGUCCUCACUUGUGGUUCCCUGACCUCCUUGUCUCAGCAUCCUCUUAUUCGUAGAUUUCUGCGUGGUGCCACUAACUUGUCUCCUCCGGUGCUGCACCGGUACACCACCUGGGACUUGUUCAUUGUUCUGAAUUCCCUUACGGGUCCCCUGUACAAGCCCUUACAGACAGCUAGCCUUAGACUAUUAUCAUGUAAAGUCGCAUUUUUUAUUGCUAUCACUUCUGCAAGACGAAUCUCAGAGAUCGCCACUCUGUCUACUCGCAGUGACCUCUGCGUGUUCCAUGUGGAUCAAGUGGUUCUUCGUCUUGACCCUACCUUUAUCCCUAAUAUUAACUCACCUUUUCACCGUAUGCAGAAACUCAUCCUUCCAGACUUCUGCCCUCAUCCUGCACACCCCCUGGAACAGCAAUGGCAUAAGUUGGACGUCCGGAGGGCUCUCCGGAUUUACCUUAAGAGGACUGCUAAUUUCCGCAGAACGGAAUCUUUGUUUGUGUCGUUUCUCCCAGUCUCUUUAGGUAAUAAGGUGACUUCUUCAACGAUCGGACAAUGGAUCCGGCAGACGAUCGCUAAGGCGUAUGAACUGCGUUCCCUGCCUCGACCAACUCACCUGGCCGCGCAUUCGACCCACAGCGCGGUGACGUCAGCAGCCUGGGCCACACAGGCAUCGUUGUUGGAGAUCUGCAGGGCGGCAACUUGGACUUCCCCUUCUUUCUUUGUGCAGCACUACAAGUUGAACAAGUUCGCCUCAGCUGAGGCAGCAUUUGGACGUAGGGUGCUGCAAAGGGUUCAUACUGGGAGGGAGUCUUCGGACCAGAUGGGGCCCGCCCGUACCGAGGGACAGUGAACUUUGGGAAAAUAAAGAACUGAUUCAUUACAGCAUAUUGUGAUUAAUAUAAAGAGGUGCAGUUGGAUCGCUAUCAGCUAAAGAAUUCAUCCAGAAUAAGGACAAUUUAAACCAGCAAUUCAGCCUUUACUUUACUGAGUCAUGGGAUGUGGAACUUCUGGUACAAAAAGCCAAACAAGUAAAUCAAAAAAAGCUAUUAAAGCAACUAUCCUUAUUCAAAGAUGGUAUCGAUCUUACAUGGCCCGGCUAGAAAUGAGGCGUCGAUAUUCCCUGACUAUUUUCCAAUCAAUUGAAUAUGCAGAUGAACAAGCACAGAUGCAGCUCUCCAAAUUCUUCACGUUUAUGCUGGACCAUUUUACUCAGACCAAUAAGACAGACCCAGAAAUCAGUUCCCACUUUUUCUCUACUAGUAGUGAUUAUGCCAUAUCAAACUCAGAUCAUGCCAUGAUAGAGUAUGAAAGAAUAAUAGAAGUACCAACCUCUUAUCAUGGGCCUCAUCUUUGUUUUCCUCUCACUGUCGCUGAUACCGAAGUACUUCUUCAGGCUUUCAAAGAUCAACAGCAGCUACAUGCUAGAUAUGUGCUUCAGCUGUUUCAUGAAACCAGGAAAGUCCUUCAACAAAUGCCAAACAUCAAUCAUCUCUCAACUUCUUAUGCCAAAGAAGUAACCAUCUGUGAGUUAGCUUCAGUGGGUCUGCUUGAGGAAUGCUUUCCCACUCUGUUGGGGCCUCCACAGUCCUUUCACUCUGAUAUAGUGUGUCCAGCCUUUCUCUGCCUUCCGGACAGCUGUUUCGGACUUCAGCAGCACCUGGAAAGGUCCUUCUCACUUGAGUGUGAUUUACAUGGAAAAUUAGAUGAUCUUUUGCUGAUAUUCUACAAAAAUGGCCUUCCUUCAGAGGAAAACCCUUAUGUUUUUAACGGUGAUUUUGUUGACAGAGGGAAAAAUUCCAUGGAAAUACUUAUAAUCCUGUUUGCAUUUCUCCUUGUUUAUCCUAACCAUUUCCAUCUGAACAGAGGGAAUCAUGAGGACCACCUCAUGAAUCUUAGAUAUGGUUUCACAAAAGAAAUUAUGAAGAAGUAUAAGACCUAUGGGAAACCAAUUUUGCAUCUUCUAGAAGAUGUCUACAGCUGGCUUCCUCUUGCUACUAUUAUUGACAAUCAAGUUCUUAUUUUACAUGGUGGAAUAUCAGAUACAACAGAUUUGAAGUUCCUGAAUUCAUUCCACAGGAACAAGUUGAAGUCUUUGCUGAGGCCAGUGAAGUCAAAUAUGGAAGCAAUCUAUGAGCCACAGAAAACCAGUAUCAAUCUCACAGAAAGCAAAAAAUGCAAUUCUGGGCAAGACAUCUCCAAGAAAAAUGUAAUAAAGUCUACAUCAGCAUCCUGUGAGAGAAGACUAAAUGCCAAGGAAGUGGGUGAUAUCAAAAGCAAUCUUGAUGGCACCCAUAACAUAACCAGUACUAGCUCAUUUCAGAAUGUGCAGUGUCUUAAGCCUUACAACUUGAUUACCACAAAUGCAUCUCCAGAAUUAACAGCAAAGGAAAGGGAACAAGUGAUGGAUAUUCUCUGGAGUGAUCCUAAGCAUCAAAAUGGUUGUUUACCAAAUAAAAUUCGAGGAGGAGGUUGUUACUUUGGUCCAGAUAUUACUGCCAGAUUGUUGCAGCGUUAUAAUUUGAAAUUGCUCAUCAGGUCUCACCAGUGCAAACAGGAAGGUUAUGAGAUCAGUCAUAAUGGAAAGGUCAUCACUAUUUUUUCUGCCUCAAACUACUAUGAAGAAGGAAGCAAUCGUGGUGCCUAUAUCAAACUAAAUCCAGAUUUGAUUCCUCAUUUUGUUCAGUAUCAAGUCAGCAAAUCUACAUGUAAGCAGACACUUCAUCAGAGAGUGACUGCUAUUGAGUUUUCUGCUUUAAAGGGUUUGCGAGAGAAACUUUAUACCCACAAAUCAGACCUCAUUGCAGCUUUUACCCAUUAUGAUCCAAUUUGCACAGGAAGGAUUUCUCUUAGCCAAUGGACUUCGGCCAUGGAAUCGGUUCUGAAUCUUGACAUACCCUGGAGAACUCUCCAUUCUCGACUAGUUUGCCUGGCUUCAGAUGGAAGUGUGGAAUAUCUUUCAUGUUUUGACAAUUUAGAAAUUAUACUACCCAUCAAAGAGGUUCAACCAUAUUUGGUGGAAACUCUGUGUAGAUACAAAGCUGAUUUGGAAAUUAUCUUUAAUAUGAUUGAUCAAGACCAUUCUGGCCUUAUUUCUGCUGAUGAAUUCCGCCAAACAUGGAAACUCUUUAAUGCACAUGUGAAGAAUGAUGUGAGUGAUGAAUCCAUUGACAGUUUAGCUCGCACCAUGGAUUUUAAUAAAGACGGUAGCAUUGACUUCAAUGAAUUUCUGGAGGCUUUCCAUAUAGUACAUAAAUUUAGUUACAAUUAUCAGCUUUCUUGAAGAACCAACUAGUUGGAGAAAGCCCUUCUUCUUUAUAUAUUUAUGUUUUAUAAAACAUGGCAAAUUUGUUAAUGAGAAAUAAAAAUAUAGACUGGUCAAGAUGACUUAAGGAAUAAUGUAAGUGAUUUAAAUGAUGUCAUAUUUUAAUUUUAUUCUUUUGAAACUCUUCUUCAUAAACAGAUUUUUCUUAUACAAGUUGCAGAUAUUGUUUUUCCUAAACUGGUGUCUUCAAGUUGUAUUGAUUUUCAUCAGCUGUUCUGGGUGAUGGGAAUCACCACCGCCUAUUGCCAUUGCCCAUUCGCAGACAUAGGUGGUGAAGGGCCACGGUGAACAGGCUGCGGUGAAUGGGCAGUAGUGGCGGUGAAUGGGCAGUGGAGGCAGAGGCAGAUGUUUUCCCCCCUUGUUUUCCUCCUCUAAAGGUAAUGUGUGUCUUAUAGUCAGGAGCGUCUUAUAGUCCGAAAAAUACAGUACAUCUUAUCACUUUUAGUAUGUCCUUUUUUCUGAAUUAAGAAAACAGAUGUAGACAUGGCAGCAGUUCCUCACUGAAGAGUUUCUCCAGCCCCUGCAAGAUACUGAGAUGAACUCACUAAAGAGAGAUCUACACGUCCCAAUUAUCUUGGCACUUUAAUUGUACUCAGCAAUAGAAUCAAUGCAUUGUUCAGUUUGGCUUCCUGGAAUUACUUCUCUUAAACCCUGUUUUUCCUUGGCUGUUUUUGUGUUUUUAAAAAUGACUGUGGUUUUCAUGCACCACAAAUAAAAUAUAUUU